ACAAAUAAAUAAUUGGCCAGACGCGAUAAUAUUUUUGACAGUUGAGUUAAAGGCGUUAUCCGCUGUGCCUUGAAACCACCAUAAUUGGCCAAGUCGUCCGUGACACGCAUAUUUCCCGGAAACAGGGUAAUUACUCAGUCAUUUCGACGUAAUUUGUUUUCCUGAAGUUUUUAUCUGACAAAAUGGCCGGCCAGACUUUCGAUUUCAAGGAGGCCAAGUCGAUAUACGAUUUCACCGUCAAGGACAUCAAGGGCAAAGACGUAAGCUUGGAAAAAUACAAGGGGCACGUCUGCGUCAUAGUUAACGUGGCGUCCCAAUGCGGACUGACGAAAUCCAACUACGAAGAGCUAAACGAACUGUACGACAAAUACGGGGAGGACAAAUGUCUGAGGAUCCUCGCGUUUCCGUGCAACCAGUUCGGUGGCCAAGAACCGGGCGAUAACGAACAGAUAUGCGAGUUUGUUGCCAAAAAGAACGUCAAAUUCGAUUUGUUCGACAAGGUUAAUGUCAACGGCGGAGAUACGCAUCCGCUGUGGGCGUAUUUAAAAUAUAAACAACCCGGCACGUUGGGCAACUUUAUUAAGUGGAAUUUUACAAAAUUUAUCGUCGACAAAAAUGGCCAGCCCGUUGAAAGGCACAGCCCGACUACGCAUCCUAAAGACUUGGUCAAAUCGCUGGAGAAAUAUUGGUAGGCGCUGGGUAGGAGAUAUUCUUGUUAUGUUUUAACAUAGUUUAAUGACACUGUUUACAUGCCUAGACGGAGUAAAGGACAUAUUAAACCGGGUUUCUAUUCGUAAUAUGCAGAGAAUUGCGCAUCAAAUUACUUGCGGUAUUACAACCGGAUAUUUCGAGUGGCAUUCUUUUUUGACGUUACAUCGAAACGUCAACUCUUAUCGCUUUGAUUUAUUCUUAUAUCCAAUAUUCAUUCGAGCGAAGCGUCAUUGACGACGGUAGAAAUAAAAUCAUCCUAUUAGUUUUAAACAAAUCAUCCAGAGCGCAGAAAAAUUGAAUGCGCAUGCACAACUCCUAGCGGCAUUUUAAAUUCAACAUUGCCGACGAAAAUUUCGUUAAUUUGACAGGUUUCAAUUAAACGAGAGUGAAAAUGUGCGCAGUUUGAUAUUUGAGACGAAAAUGGUGCAAAAUGCAGACGAAAAUUCGCCCGGCCGAAGCCCAUUAAUUUUUACCAGAGAAUUAAUAUUCCAAGAAGCCUGGUAUAGUCUGUCUUAAUCUUCAUCGUGUUGGCUUUCCACGGACCCUCUUCACCAAUAAAACUUUAACGAUGUUAUUAACAAAAAAAUUAUUCUUGAGUGACAAGGUAGGGGUGGGUUAGAUAUAUUUCUUGAGUGUUGUAGCGUCGAAAUCAUUUGUCGCUUGAUGCAAAACAGGUUGUGAAAAAUGUGUAUGAAACUUUAAUCAGUGGAGGACUUAUUGCAAUGCAACCUGUCUAUUUACAUAAACGCCAAUAUCGUCGUUCUUAAUAGCGGAGAAUUGAAGAAAACAAAUAAGCGCAGUAAUUUUCAAACUCACCGUAUAGACAAUAGUGAUCAGGACCUAAUUACAAGGAAAAUAUUUAUGACCUUGGAUAAACUAAAUUAGAAGCUAGAUGAAGAUGAAACCAAUAUAAGAUUUAAGUACUGCAAAAUAGACAAAAGAAAUUAAAAGUUAGAUUAGAAAACAGAUCCAUAAUUUACCUUGAUGAAACAUGGUGCAAAUCAGACGAAAGCACCUUCGAAUAAAGGAAAACGCAUCACCAUAAUACAGGCUGGGUCAGAAGACGGAUUUGUCCCAAGCUGCUUGCUGUUGUCUGCAAAGAAUAUUAAGGAUUCCAGCUUCGGUUAUCAUGAGGCUACGAGUGCCGAGCUUUUUGAAAAUUGGUUUCAAAACAAUCUUUUGAAAAAUAUUCCCAAUAACAGUUACCACACAAAGCACCUGUCUCAUCAAGUUCAAAAACUGAAAUCCUGGAAUAUUUUUUAGAAAAUGAUAAUUAUUUUGCAUUAAGUUACAACAAUAUGAACAGGCUGGGCAGUUUUUGUCUUCUUCAUGAAGAGAAACAGAAUAUUUAUUAUUUUAUUACUUACCUUUUUUUAUUUAUCAAGAGUGCAAGUGUAUAACUAAACUGUUCCAGGCUUAUAUCCACAUAAAUUUUCCUUUCUUCACGAGGGGGCUUCUCUUUUUAUCAGCCCUCUAGGAGUAAUAAUUUUAUGAUUUUUAAGAUACUAGGCUAUUAGCGAUCUGGUUUUAACGGGGAUUACGAAUAACCGAAUUUGUUCAAAAUGUGAAGGAGUGAAUAGCCAGAUAACUUUAUGCAAGCAAAGUAGUUUUUUUAAAACAAAAUGUGUGUAUUCUUUUUAC